GAAGAGAAGAAUCUUAAGAGCUUUCUAGAAGAACAUGAAAAUGUUUCUAUCAGUCAGUCAUACGAAGUAAGUCAUAGAAAAAGCUUGUUAGGCGCUUUAGAAUUGGCCAAACUCUCGAAUAUUCGUGUUACGAAGUAAUAACGUUGGUACGAUAAUAUAAAUUAGAGAAGAACGUGGUAGUACAUAUCUAACGACCUUCGACCUGCUGUCUCGAUUCACUCAACCUUAAAAGCAACGAGAAGCUUUCAAAGCGAGAACGUUCGUGUCUUCUCGUAAAUCUUACGAACAACCGAACUAAUUUUGAAAAGAGAGAGAGAGAGAGAGAGAGAGAAAGAGAGAGAGAGAGAGAAAUAGAAAGAUAGAGAGAAAACGGAUUAUUUACUACAAGUGACAAGUUCAUCAGAACUUUGUGAAGACGCGUCUUUAAUACUCGAGCAUCAAACGAAUAGAUCAAGUUAAUACAAAACUGUUAAGUGUCGAUUGAAAUUGUUUGUCGAUUUGAUAAUUAAUUUCUCUAUCCGUCAUGGUGGGUCAGUUCACCAGGAGACAAUGGCUAACUCUCAUAGUGAUCAGUAUCGCGGAUUUUGCUAAUGCCAUCUGCGUAUCUCUUCAAGCACCUUUCUAUCCUCAAGAGGCUGAGAAAAAAGGUGCCUCACCAACCGAAUAUGGAUUGGUCUUUGGUGUUUUCGAACUUGUGGUUUUCAUCAUCAGCCCUAUUUAUGGAAAACACUUAAACUGGAUCGGUCCGAAGUUGUUAUUCAAUGGCGGUAUCUUGACGACAGGAACUUGUGCUAUCUUUUUCGGUCUGCUGGAUAAGGUCGACGGUCACUAUCCAUUUAUAAUCCUCUCCUUCUUGAUUAGGAUUGUCGAGGCACUUGGGAACGCCGCAUUUCUAACUGCCAGUUUUGCGAUUAUCGCUAAAGAAUUUCCGAAUAAUGUUGCGACGACAUUUGCUAGCUUGGAAACAUUCUUUGGUUUGGGACUUAUUGUUGGUCCUACAGUUGGUGGUGCUCUUUAUCAGGCCGGUGGUUACACAACACCAUUUGUUGUCCUGGGUUCAGCACUCUUUUUAUCAGCUGUCAUGACAGCAUUCAUCCUACCAAUGCAUAAUAAUCGUGAACAGGACGCACAAAACGCCGGAGGUGUUUCGAAGGUUUUAAGGAUUCCAGGAGUUUUAGUAGCAACCUUAUCGAUAAUUGCAACUAGUAUGAGUAUAGGAUUCUUACAGGCAACAUUGGAACCACAUUUACGUCAGUUCAGUUUGAGUCCCGUAGUUUUGGGCUUGAUGUUUGUUAUCAAUGGUGGCACUUAUGCUCUUACUGCUCCAAUCUGGGGUUGGUUUUGUGACAAAUAUUCGCAUCCAAAAGUGGCAACAGUCGUAGGAUGUAUUCUCGUUGCUAUUGCAUUCUCUUUGGUAGGACCUGCACCCUUCAUACCAUAUCCUACAUUGGUUUGGAUGACAAUUUGUGGACUCGUUAUACAUGGUUUAGGAAUGUCUGCUCAAUUGGUUGCUAGUUUCACGGAUGCUCUAAGAACAUGCAUAUCUUAUGGAUUUCCAAAUAAUCUUGAAACUUAUGGUUUGAUCAGUGGUCUCUGGACAAGCACUUUCGCAUUGGGAGCCUUUAUUGGUCCCAGUGUAGCUGGUAUUCUUUUAGAUAACAUUGGAUUUAGAAACGCUUCGAUGUUUAUUGUUAUUCUUCACUUGAUGAUUGCUAUAUUAGCUGCAGUGUUUCUUAGCAAUUGUUCGAAAGGACCGAAACCAUACACGGAAAUUGGCGUAGCCGAUGAUAUAAGAGUACCUUUGACGGACAGUGGUCGAUCGAAAAGUGGUAGCUAUCGUGUUGCUCGUGGUCAAAGCGUGCCGAUAGAUAGGCCGAAUGGCAUGAACUCGUUGAUAGCUUGCAACAGUUAUUCGAACAGGGCCGGCGCUUGGUCCAGAGCGUCUUACAGCGGACGAUAUUCUCAUAGUUAUGGCUCGAUCGAAAACAAACGAUAUCUUGAAUUGACUACGUGAUGACAUUUCCGAAAAAAGAAAGACAAACGAGAAAAAAAGAAAAAAAAAAAAAGAAAAAAAAAAAGAGAGAGAAAAAAAAGAAAGAAGAAACGAAGAAAAAGAAGAAACGAAAAAUUCCACGAAAAGAUAAAGAAGAUCUUCUUCAAUGAGAAACCUCGAUUCGCGAUAAGUUCACAUUUAAUCGCAUUAACGAAGAAAAUGAAUCUCUCUUGUCUUUACAAUUUUUUUUAUUUUUUUUUUUUUUUUUUUUUUUUUUUUCAAGCGCGUUUACUUUUUUUUUCUUUCUUUUUCUUAUCAGAACGAACGAACGAACGAACGAACGAGCGAUGUAACUUUUUACCAAUCACGUCUUUUUUCCUUCCUUAUACCAUUACCUGUGCGUAAAAUAGGUAAAUAAGUUGUGUUCGAAUUCAAAAAGAAUGACGAUGAAGUAGCAUGUUAUAGUUUCGUUUUAUAUGUUCAUUGCAUUUUUAUUUCUUUUUAUUUUUUUUUUAUUUUUUUUUUCUUAUUUUUUUGUUAAUUUCCUUCUCUUAUGUUUCCGUAAUUAUUAUGUACACGAGGGCAAUUUGUUAGAUAAGCGACUUCGUUCUUUUUUUCUUGAUGUUUUAAAUGUUACAAAAGAAACAAAAACAAAAAAAAAAAACAAAGAAAAAAAAGGAAAAAAAAAAAAAAAACAAAUUCUUUUCAAUGUAUAAAUUUCAAUUCUUAAAGCGAACGAAAAAUCGCAAACUUUUCAAAUUGCCCUAAUAUGUUUUUUAAAUGUUUUUUUUUUGUUUUGUUUUGUUUUGUUUUUGUUUCUUUUAAUAUAUAUUUAAAGGAAAGUUCGUGCAUUAUUGAAUACGUUCUUUUGCUAUUUUAGUCUCUGACCGAAUCGUUUGAACGAUCUAAUUUUAAUAUGUGAAAUCCUUUAACGUAGAUUAUUACACAAAAUUAGAUUAUCGAAGAGUGACACUCGAAAAGGCAAGAUGACGAAGCACGAAAUACUUUUCUAAUUAGCAAUCAAUUACCGUGAGUUGCAAUGCGUCAACAAAAAUAUAUCUAUAACUUUCACAUGUGUUCCCUAAUUAAUAAGCAAAUAUUUUAGUCAAAGUAUACGUAUAGUUUCGUAAGUUACUCGAUUAUCUUUGCGAUAACGUGAUUCAGAAGAAAAAAAGAAAAAGAAAAAAAAAGAAAACCAAAGAAACCAAGAAAAAUAUUAUCGAAUCUAUUUAAAUCUAAUUGUACAUAGUAUCAUUAGCAUUUGUUAUGACAUUACCAUUAAAUAUCAAUACUUAUAUACAUAUAAAUAUACAUAAAUAUACAUAAAUAUAUAUACACAUACUUAUCAUUGACGAAUUUAACAUGGUUCUUUUUUUGUUUGUUUGUUUGUUUUUUUUUUUCGAAAAUUGUUUUCAAAAAUAAAAUCGAAAAAGAGAAAGAAGAAUUAACAAAGAUGCUUACUUCCAAUCAUGUUAAAUUAUUGUUAUAUCAUUUGUUUUUUUUUUCUACCCUACCUUUUUCUUCUUUCGCCAUUAACAAAAUGAUUCUCAUCAUAGAAAAUUCACUAUUUUUUUUUUUUUUUUUUUUUUUUUU